GUCACAGUGUCUGGGUUGUUGUUCCCCGGGGUUCCACUAGAUGUCCUCCUUCUCACGGUGCCUGUCCCAGAUCACUUCCUGUUCCCUUAUAUGGUCACCUUCCUCCUUGUUACCUGAUUGAUUGUUCACCCCACCUGUCUCCUGUUUCCCAAUUAUCCUUCUGUGUAUAAAUACCCAGUCUGUCUUAGUCUAUGUCACGGAGUCCUUGUCUGAUGUCAUUGUGUUUCAGGUCCAUCAGUCUUGCUUUGUCUUACCCUAUGUGUCUCAUUCUCUCGUUCCACCAGACUUCCUCUACCUUCCAUUCUUCCGAGUUCCCCGUUUCAUCCGGUUCCCUUUUUGUUUGAUUUGUCUCUCAUGACUGUUUAUUUUGUAUUUACCCCUCUGUUUAAAUAAAACCCUUACCUGCAUUUGGAUCUACCCUCUCGUUGUGUUUUUCCCCAAUACCUAUCGUGACAGAAGGACUCCGUCAUGCCUAGAUCCAGCGGUGUGGGAUUUCGAAUCGGUUCCCCAGCCACCAUGGAGGAACGGAGGGGGAGAUACCAGAACUUAAUCACCCUUCAUCAAGAGGGAAGUGAGGUGGGUGGCCUGGCGCAAUUGUUUUGGACUAUGGCAGUCGGGCUAGGUUACAAUGAUGCAGCACUAAAGGAUUUAUUUAAUAAUUGCCUGGAUGAUCCUUUACCUUCAUGGGAGAUGAAGGGGUUAGAGAUACUGGACUUUUGGGGGUUUACCAAUUACCUGCACCAUCGUGCCCAGUGGAAUGCAACAACCACACCAGAGUGUCCAGACAAGGCUGCCAGCUCAGCCCCACAGCACAAGAUGGGCGCCAGCCCAACCCCACAGCACAGGAUGGCCGCCAACCCAGCCCCACAACCCAAGAUGGCCACCAGCCCAGCCCCACAGCCCAAGAUGGCCGCCAACCUAGCGUCACAGCCCAAGAUGGCCGCCAGCCCUGCACCACAGCACAAGAUGGCCGACUCAACGCCACCGACUCCCCAUCGUAGAGGGCGGAGGAGGAGACAGGCAGCUGCUGUUCCCGAGGCGGUGCCCGAUGCUGUUCCCGAGGCGGUGCCCGAGGUUGUUCCCGAGGCGGUGCCCGAUGCAGUUCCCGAGGCGGAGCCCGAUGCAGUUCCCGAGGCGGUGCCCGAUGCAGUUCCCGAGGCGGUGCCCGAUGCUGUUUCCGAGGCGGUGCCCGAUGCAGUUCCCGAGGCGGAGCCCGAUGCAGUUCCCGAGGCGGUGCCCGAUGCAGUUCCCGAGGCGAAGCCCGAUGCAGUUCCCGAGGCGGUGCUCGAUGCAGUUCCCGAGGCGGUGCUCGAUGCAGUUCCCGAGGCGGUGCCCGAUGCAGUUCCCGAGGCGGUGCCCGAGGCGGAGCCCGAUGCUGUUCCCGAGGCGGAGUCCGAUGCUGUUCCCGAGGCGGAGCCCGAUGCAGUUCCCGAGGCGGUGCUCGAUGCUGUUCCCGAGGCGGUGCCCGAUGCUGUUUCCGAGGCGGUGCCCGAUGCAGUUCCCGAGGCGGAGCCCGAUGCAGUUCCCGAGGCGGAGCCCGAUGCAGUUCCCGAGGCGGUGCCCGAUGCUGUUUCCGAGGCGGUGCCCGAUGCUGUUUCCGAGGCGGAGCCCGAUGCUGUUUCCGAGGCGGAGCCCGAUGCAGUUCCCGAGGCGGAGCCCGAUGCAGUUCCCGAGGCGGAGCCCGAUGCAGUUCCCGAGGCGGUGCCCGAUGCAGUUCCCGAGGCGGUGCCCGAUGCAGUUCCCGAGGCGGUGCCCGAUGCAGUUCCCGAGGCGGUGCUCGAUGCAGUUCCCGAGGCGGUGCCCGAUGCAGUUCCCGAGGCGGUGCCCGAGGCGGAGCCCGAUGCUGUUCCCGAGGCGGAGUCCGAUGCUGUUCCCGAGGCGGAGCCCGAUGCAGUUCCCGAGGCGGUGCCCGAUGCUGUUUCCGAGGCGGAGCCCGAUGCAGUUCCCGAGGCGGUGCUCGAUGCAGUUCCCGAGGCGGUGCCCGAUGCAGUUUCCGAGGCGGUGCCCGAUGCAGUUCCCGAGGCGGUGCCCGAUGCUGUUCCCGAGGCGGAGCCGGAUGCUGUUCCCGAGGCGGAGUCCGAUGCUGUUCCCGAGGCGGAGCCCGAUGCAGUUCCCGAGGCGGUGCCCGAUGCUGUUUCCGAGGCGGUGCCCGAUGCAGUUCCCGAGGCGGUGCCCGAUGCUGUUCCCGAGGCGGAGCCGGAUGCUGUUCCCGAGGCGGAGCCGGAUGCUGUUCCCGAGGCGGAGCCCGAUGCAGUUCCCGAGGCGGUGCCCGAGGCUGUUCCCGAGGCCGAGGCCGAUGCAGUUCCCGAGGCGGAGCCCGAUGCAGUUCCCGAGGCGGUGCCCGAUGCAGUUCCCGAGGCGGUGCCCGAUACUGUUUCCGAGGCGGUGCCCGAUGCAGUUCCCGAGGCGGUGCCCGAUGCAGUUCCCGAGGCGAAGCCUGAUGCAGUUCCCGAUGCAGUUCCCGAGGCGGUGCCCGAUGCUGUUUCCGAGGCGGUGCCCUAUGCAGUUCCCGAGGCGGAGCCCGAUGCAGUUCCCGAGGCGGUGCUCGAUGCAGUUCCCGAGGCGGUGCUCGAUGCAGUUCCCGAGGCGGUGCCCGAUGCAGUUCCCGAGGCGGAGCCCGAUGCUGUUCCCGAGGCGGAGCCCGAUGCUGUUCCCGAGGCGGAGCCCGAUGCAGUUCCCGAGGCGGUGCCCGAUGCUGUUCCCGAGGCCGAGGUCGUUCCCGAGGCGGUGCCCGAUGCAGUUCCCGAGGCGGAGCCCGAUGCAGUUCCCGAGGCGGAGCCCGAUGCUGUUCCCGAGGCGGAGCCCGAUGCAGUUCCCGAGGCGGUGCCCGAUGCUGUUUCCGAGGCGGAGCCCGAUGCAGUUCCCGAGGCGGUGCUCGAUGCAGUUCCCGAGGCGGUGCUCGAUGCAGUUCCCGAGGCGGUGCCCGAUGCAGUUCCCGAGGCGGAGCCCGAUGCUGUUCCCGAGGCGGAGCCCGAUGCUGUUCCCGAGGCGGAGCCCGAUGCAGUUCCCGAGGCGGUGCCCGAUGCUGUUCCCGAGGCCGAUGCAGUUCCCGAGGCGGUGCCCGAUGCAGUUCCCGAGGCGGAGCCCGAUGCAGUUCCCGAGGCGGAGCCCGAUGCUGUUCCCGAGGCGGUGCCCGAUGCAGUUCCCGAGGCGGAGCCCGAUGCAGUUCCCGAGGCGGUGCCCGAUGCAGUUCCCGAGGCGGUGCCCGAUGCAGUUCCCGAGGCGGUGCCCGAUGCUGUUCCCGAGGCCGAGGUCGUUCCCGAGGCGGUGCCCGAUGCAGUUCCCGAGGCGGAGCCCGAUGCAGUUCCCGAGGCGGAGCCCGAUGCUGUUCCCGAGGCGGAGCCCGAUGCUGUUCCCGAGGCGGUGCCCGAUGCAGUUCCCGAGGCGGUGCCCGAUGCUGUUUCCGAGGCGGUGCCCGAUGCAGUUCCCGAGGCGGAGCCCGAUGCAGUUCCCGAGGCGGUGCCCGAUGCAGUUCCCGAGGCGGUGCCCGAUGCAGUUCCCGAGGCGGUGCUCGAUGCAGUUCCCGAGGCGGUGCCCGAUGCAGUUCCCGAGGCGGAGCCCGAUGCAGUUCCCGAGGCGGUGCCCGAUGCUGUUCCCGAGGCGGAGCCCGAUGCUGUUCCCGAGGCGGAGCCCGAUGCUGUUCCCGAGGCGGAGCCCGAUGCAGUUCCCGAGGCGGUGCCCGAUGCUGUUCCCGAGGCCGAGGUCGUUCCCGAGGCGGUGCCCGAUGCAGUUCCCGAGGCGGUGCCCGAUGCUGUUCCCGAGGCGGUGCCCGAUGCUGUUCCCGAGGCGGUGCCCGAUGCUGUUCCCGAGGCGGUGCCCGAUGCAGUUCCCGAGGCGGUGCCCGAUGCUGUUCCCGAGGCGGUGCCCGAUGCUGUUCCCGAGGCCGAGGUCGUUCCCGAGGCGGAGCCCGAUGCUGUUCCCGAGGCGGAGCCCGAUGCAGUUCCCGAGGCGGUGCCCGAUGCUGUUCCCGAGGCCGAGGUCGUUCCCGAGGCGGUGCCCGAUGCAGUUCCCGAGGCGGAGCCCGAUGCAGUUCCCGAGGCGGAGCCCGAUGCAGUUCCCGAGGCGGUGCCCGAUGCUGUUCCCGAGGCGGAGCCCGAUGCAGUUCCCGAGGCGGUGCCCGAUGCUGUUCCCGAGGCGGUGCCCGAUGCAGUUCCCGAGGCGGUGCCCGAUGCUGUUUCCGAGGCGGUGCCCGAUGCAGUUCCCGAGGCGGAGCCCGAUGCAGUUCCCGAGGCGAAGCCCGAUGCAGUUCCCGAGGCGGUGCUCGAUGCAGUUCCCGAGGCGGAGCCCGAUGCAGUUCCCGAGGCGGUGCUCGAUGCAGUUCCCGAGGCGGUGUCCGUUACAGUUCCCGAGGCGGUGACCACAAGGCCGUGGUGGUCUUCGGCUCCGCCCUGGGAGACUCUGGCGGUGACCACGAGGACGUGGUGGUCAUCCGCUCCGCCCUGGGGGACUCUGGCGGUGACCACGAGGACGUGGUGGUCGUCCGCUCCACCUUGGGGGACUCUGGUGAUGACCAUGAGGACGUGGUGGUCUUCUGCUCCGACCUGGUGGACGCCGGCCUCGACCACAGAGACGUGGUGGUCUUCCGCUCCGCCCUGGAGGGCUCUGGCCUUGACCACACGGCUGUGGUGGUCAUCUGCUCCGUCCUAGUGGACGCCUCAACAUGUCCUUCAUGGACUUAUGUUUUGUGUUUUUUGAGUUCUGUUUCUGUCUGUUCUCUUUAGUUUAGUCUGGCCCUCCGUCCCUCCCCCUGUACCUCCUCCGGUCCUCCUCCCUCCUGAUCUCCCGGGUUUAUGUAUCAUUUCUGGUGUUUGUCCCCCAUGUGUUCCUUUUCUGGCCCUCCGUCCCUCCCCCUGAGCCUCCACCUGUCCGCCUCCCUCCUGGUCUCUGUGUCAUGUUUUGUCUUUAAGCGUCUGGUAGCCGCUCCGUAGAGGGGGGGUACUGUCACAGUGUCUGGGUUGUUGUUCCCCGGGGUUCCACUAGAUGUCCUCCUUCUCACGGUGCCUGUCCCAGAUCACUUCCUGUUCCCUUAUAUGGUCACCUUCCUCCUUGUUACCUGAUUGAUUGUUCACCCCACCUGUCUCCUGUUUCCCAAUUAUCCUUCUGUGUAUAAAUACCCAGUCUGUCUUAGUCUAUGUCACGGAGUCCUUGUCUGAUGUCAUUGUGUUUCAGGUCCAUCAGUCUUGCUUUGUCUUACCCUAUGUGUCUCAUUCUCUCGUUCCACCAGACUUCCUCUACCUUCCAUUCUUCCGAGUUCCCCGUUUCAUCCGGUUCCCUUUUUGUUUGAUUUGUCUCUCAUGACUGUUUAUUUUGUAUUUACCCCUCUGUUUAAAUAAAACCCUUACCUGCA